UUACACCAUGAACACUGCAAGACGUAGAACUGGCAUACUCGUCGUUUUCCUAGUCUACACCGCUAUACUACUGGUUGAUGCUGACGAAUACGGACAAGGUGGAUGCUCGGGAAAUUCGCUCAAAUGCACGGAACAAGUCAGAUAUACGGCAUACUCCUCCUCCUAUCAGCGUAUCAAGUAUUCUGAGCGCUAUAAAAUGAGAUGUUGGAACGCCCUGAAGCUGUUUAGAUGCACCGAAUACAGAACGGCGUAUAGAAGGCAGAGUGUGCAAAGAAGCAGAACGUCGUACAGAAGCGGCUGCAGAGACUGUAAUAUUGACUGCAGGGUCAGUGCGUGGAGCACUUGGACCUGCUCCGAAGGCGCAUGCUGCACUGCACCGAGAGAGACAAGCAGCAGAAGAGUAAUCGUCAGCAAGGUCGGCAACGGAAACAGCUGUCCCGCCCUCACGAGAUCAAGAACAACGUACAACUCCAAAGUCUGCUUCAUUAACGGCCAUUGCUAUAAACACCUGGCCACCUCUUCCAACGGGUGCAAACGAUGCAAUGUAGCUACAAGCCGAUAUCGCUGGCAAAUUCUUUCCGGGUACACGUGCACAGACGGACAGGCGUGCACGAAGAACGAUCGCUGCAACAGCCAAGGAGUCUGCUCUGGAACUCGUUACUCGUGUGCAAGUUGUCAGACUUGCGACGGUCAAGGCUGUCAGCUGCGUUCGACCAAAUGCUAUAUUCAGGGUCGAUGCUACGAUCACGGUGAAAAAAAUCCGAACUCUCCACAGUGUCAGAUAUGCAACAUAUUUUCAGGGGACCGCACCAAGUGGAACCUUCGAUCCGGAGUCGCGUGCGACGACGGCGAUGCCUGCACGAAAAAUGACCGCUGCAGUUACGGAGUGUGUUCGGGAACGCGCUACUCGUGUCCAAGUUGUCAAACGUGCGCCAAUGGAGGCUGCAUAACACGUCCGGGAUAUUGCCUUAUUCAGGGUCAUUGCUACACAAAAUAUGACAGAAAUCCCAACUCUCCGCAAUGUCAAACAUGUAAUCCUGACAGAGGAUUCAUCUACCGCACUACCUUUUACUCGCUAGUCCAAAAUCGAUGCCAAGACGGAAACAAAUGCACUAGAGACGACAGAUGCAGCUCUGACGGACGCUGCGUCGGCACGCCUUACAAUUGCUUGAGCGACUGCCAGACGUGCAACGGAGACUUCGGCUGCAGACAAACGCAAGGCUGCGCGACCAACGGCAAGUGCGGAUGCAGCAUCGACGGCCAAUGCUAUGCGAACGGAACGGUGCAGACCUGGUGCCGUCAGUGUAAUUUCCGCCGCAACGCAUUAGGUUGGGUCGACGUCCCGGACGGCAAGAAAUGUUCGGACGGACGUCUGUGUACUCGAACCGACGUAUGCCAAAGCGGCACCUGCCGAGGAACUCCAUUCGAGUGUUCUUCGACCGACGCGUGCGUUUACUAUAGCAUAUGCAACGGAAAAGGCUGCAGCACCUCGUACAGACCGUCUAGCUAUGUCUGCUAUAAACAGCAAGAUGAGUGCGAUUGGCCUGACCAGUUCUGCUCCGGAAAGAACGUCACGUGCCCUCGGAACGCCAUCAAACCGAUCACCGGGGUAAAGAUCGCAAUGGGCAACAUCAGGCUUCUACAGUUCCAAUCACCGCUGUCUCCUUCUUUGCCAUACGGAAUCGAAGAGUUACAAAACUACGUGGUGACAACGCAGAACAGUAGCGUUACCGUAAACCUCAGCGAUUUCUCCGUUCCUUGUGGUGGGGUCAAGUUUUCUCUCCAACUAGUGGAAGAGAAUUCUCAAGACAACCAAACAGCCGUCGCCUCUCUAGGAAUAACCUCAAACAGCGACGGCAACGGCACAGUCACAAUCACGGGCUUAAAUUUAAGAAACGGCGGCGUCUAUAGAGUACUCGUUACCGCCUCAAAUGUUCGAUCCGACUCUCAAAGAGCCAAGUCUGAUCCUAUUUUAGUCGACUUCACUCCACCCAUUUUUACCGGAAAGAUACUCGAUGGACACCCGAGUGUCGACGUACAGUACCAAAAGAGCGACUCGGUUCUGUUUGCUUACUGGAAUGCCGACGACUUCAGCGACCCCGAAAGCGGCUGCGACAUGUCGUCACUCGCAAUUGGAGUCGGUACAAGCCCCCUCUUCACCGACGUUCGCGACUUCGCGCCGGCGGAGAGCGACCACGGAUUCGCGAAAUAUCUGAAGCUGGUUCACAAUCGACGGUACUACGUGAGCGUGUCGAUAGCGAAUCGAGUCGGUCUGAGGCGUGUCGUGGCAUCCGACGGGGUCCUUGUCGACGUCUCGCCUCCAGUGGCUGGUUCGGUGACGUUCCAAGACUCCCUGUCUCGUCCGACCUAUUACUUAUCGGACUGCGGUAGCCGUGUCGUAGCCCACGUUGUCGAUUUUAUCGACGCGGAAAGUGGAAUCGACCUGUUCCAAUGGAAACUCUGCAAGAGACCAAUUGAUGACCCUCUCACAAUAUCGUGCAGCCGACUUAGGUCUUCGAACUUUUCUUGCGCCCAGCACAACUGCACGCUGAACGUUCGACUUCCAAUAAACGAUAUGAUAACGGAUAGCUGCUUCAUGCAUGGCUAUGUGUACCAGCUACACGUCUCAGCGAGAAACAGAGCAGGCUCUUACAUCGAGCAAGUUUCAAACGACCUUGUAGUCGAUUUCUAUCCACCGAUUAAGGGCCAGAUCUUAGACGGUCCGACCACCGCGGACAUCGACUACCAAUCGGACCGCCGCAAGUUGAGCGCGUCGUGGACCGCUUUCCGAGACAGCGCAAGCGGCAUCGGUACAUGCCGCCUGACGGGCAUCGAAGAGUACGGAACAGUAAACCAAAUAGCAGUUACCAACAAUGAAACGGUUCCGACUUCUGGUAACUGGACAUCGGACCAACUAGCCCUGUCAACGGGCAAAAGAUAUUACGUUAGAAUCAUAUGCGUUGAUAAGGCUGGAAACGCCAUUGAGGCAGCGUCAGACGGAGUAUUGAUCGACUCCGUGCCACCGGAGGUCGGUAAAGUAACGGAUAUACCAGUACACGAGAAUGGCAACAGCUCUAAUGAAGAUAUCGACUACCAGUUAUCAACGACGGAAGUCAAAACAAGAUGGGAAGAAUUCAAGUCCCUCAGUCAGACUAAGUCUUGCAUGUGGUCUCUAAGUACGAGUAAGGACGUAAAACGAUUAGGAGAUACAGUCGCUGAAGUUGAAGUGACGUCACCUGAUCGUAGCUACUCUACUCUCACUCGGAUACGUCCUUUUGUGACGUACUACGCCGGUGUCAGGUGCACGAGUAACGCCGGCUUAACGUCGGCGGUUGCUUUCUCAGACGGCAUCAUGGCGGACGCGUCACCGCCGAUAAUCGGUCGAGUCCUCGACCUUCACGCCGGACAAGAAUCGAAGAAUGACAUCGACUAUGUGUCCUACGACGACGCGCUCAAGUUUGUAUGGUCUGGCUUUAGUGAUCCCCAGAGUGGCAUUUCGCGCUACGCGUGGACGUACGGUCCGUGUGGCGAAAAAGACGGCCCCCGGAUGUUUCCCCUGGAGUCGAGUGAUCCAAUCGUCUACGCUAAAGGACUGAAUCUCACACACAACGUGACCUAUUGUGUUACCGUUCAAGCCACGAACGGAGCCGGAGCGAAUAGCCGUGCGACGUCGGACGGGAUUCUGGUCGAUACGACUGCACCUGAAGGGGGCACCCUGCUCGACGGAUUCAUCCACAACAGAGACAUCGAUUACCAACUCCAACCUACGGUAUUGUCCUAUAGGUGGGAUGCGUUUGUCGAUCCAGAGUCCGGAAUCGAGUCUCUGGUUCUGAGCGUGAGAUCCCGACCCGGAAACGGAGAGACUGCCGUCAGAAAAGUAGACCCUACAGAAACCUCAUACAUGGUAGAUAUGCUUACUCUACACCCUGAGAUGGAAUACUACGGGACAAUCUGUGCCACUAAUCGAGCAGGAAUGGAAACUUGUGUAAGUUCUGAUGGCGUUUCGAUUAUCGGCACGUUUGGGCCAGCCACGUCUGAGCCAUCCACGUUUGAGCCAGCCACGUCUGAGCCAUCCAUUUUUGAGCCAGGGCCGUUUGAGUCAGGGCCGUUUGACCGAGGGCCGUUUAAGUAGGAGACGCCCGACUUCAACCGGGUCUUAAAAAGAGCCGUCAGAUUCUAUCAACAUGAAUAAUUCAUUUUCAAAUUUGCUGCUGCGAUCGUAUACGUGUAGUGCGAUAUUGUAGUCCUAGUCACGCAUGCGCUGUUUGUUAUGUCCAACAGGAGUGUUCUUGCAGUCUCUCAA